UUUAUGCCUUCUCAAAUAUGAGGCAUUGAUUCGGAUAAUCGGGUUCACACCCAUUACCAUUACAGGCUUCAUCCCAUUUCACUGUUUUCGUUUUACCAAUUAAAAACCUCACCCCUCUAAAUAAAUAUAGAAAUAAAUAAAAGAGAAAGAUAAUCCCCAAACGUAAUUGGAUUAAGUUUUCCAAUUCCUAAUCCGAUCCGAAAGCAGAAAUCUCCGCGAAAGCAUCGGAUCUUAUCUCAUGAUCUGACUUUUCGUCUGUCCUUCACAUCUCUCCUAAGUCCUCACUCUGCAGUCGCCUUCUCUAUUUAACUUCGUCCCCAUUUCACUUUCCUUCAGUCUUUCAUUGCAGAUUCAUCCUUGCCUGCUGAUCUUGACCUCUCUCUCUCUCUCUCUCCCUAAAAUUCUGAACUUUCACGACCUCUUUCCUUCAUCCUUUUUUUUCAUUCAUUAUACAAGGAUACAAGGAUUUGCAGUCCCCAAACAAAGGAACCUUUAAGUAGUCCUCUGUUUCAUCAACACCACCCCUCCAACUCCAACUCAGCCUCCACCCACCACCACCAUAGAAGACGCAAAAUAAUAUAUAGGAGAUUACAGAGGAAACACUCAAAGAGAAGCUCCAAUCGAUUCCAUUGGAUCGAUUGGAUGAAUCUCUCUUCCAUCUGAUACCAGAGUCAAAGUUCCCUACUCCCUCUUCAUGCCUAAUAUUCCAAUUUUCCUCUCCGAAGGCUGUCUAAAUCUGUUCUGGCUCACCAUGUCGACCGCCGACCCUUGGCCCUUCUUCUGAACCCAAUCCCCAGAACUGUGAAUUCAUCCAUAAAAAUUCAAUCUUUAUCUUUCUCCAUCGCAUCUACUCUUCAAUUUGUACAGAAUUCUGAAAACCAUGCGGAAGAUUAGGGGUUUCAGGCUGGGACGAAAGAUCUCGACUGUAUUCAAAUGGGCUCUGACGUGUAAACGGAAGCAACCCUUGUACAAUCGCUUAGAGGCUCCAUUACUACCAAGGAGUACUAAAAGCAAGACGAUGUCGAAAAUCUGCGACUGGGGUCGUAGUCUUAAGCAAGGAGUGAAGGGGCUAUGUUGUGCGACACCGGCGUCCGGGUAUAAUCGUCUAGGGCAGAAACCAUUAAAAGCGAAGCCGGCGACGGCGGCGCCAAAAGGAUAUUUGGCGGUGUACGUUAGGGAGAAAGACGGAUACUCACAUCGGUUCUUGGUCCCUGUGAUGUACUUCAACCACCCACUGUUCGCGGAAUUGUUGAGAGAGACAGAGAGGGAAUACGGGUUUCGGCAUCCAGGUGGUAUUAUCAUCCCCUGCCAUGUAUCGGAUUUCGAGAACGUGAAAACGAGGAUUGCCGCCGGCGAGAAUUCCCGGAAAAAGGAAUUGAAGCGUCGCAGUCGAUCAUGUUGAUUAUGACGUUAAAAAAAAUCGACGAUCAUAAAAGAAAGGAAAGCUCGCCAAUUUAUGGUCUCUCUUUUACCAAAAAAAGAAAAAAAAGGAUUAUGGUUCCUUACCAAAACAAAAAUCCAAUUUUGGCCUUUUUUUUUUUUUUUUUUUUUUUUUUUUUUUCUUUUUGUGGUAGUUAUGAUCGAUAACCAUCUGUAAGUAUUGUUGUAGCUGGUUUCUUCACAUUGACGUAACAAAUAAAGUAUAUAGAUUUGUUAUUCUA